UCGUGCAGCCAAUCGCUUAAGGAGGGCCCGCCCCCACUACCACGCGAUAGGCCAGGAGUGUGCUGCAAGCCCCGCCCUUCUGAGCUACUGGAGGGAGAUUUAAAUCCCGGGAAGAUUCUGCUCUGCACCUGACAGACACGCUGCUGUUCCAUUUGAGUCAUGCACCUUGGGAGUGCUGUGGGUGAUGGGUGGGCUCCCGUGAGCGACAGUUCUCUGCACUAUGGGUCAUUGGUUUUCAAUCAUGGGGCACUUGCUGCUGGGAUGUCGCCUGUGUUUCAAAGAAACAGGCCUUCAUCCCAAGUCUUUCCUGUUGGAAUGGUGAGCGUGGGUGUAGGCACAAGCCCAGAAAGGACAACAGAAUCCAGCAGGUCUGGCGUGGAGACAGAUGUGGCUGUCUUGCAAAGGAGGCAGAAGCAGAUAGACUAUGGGAAAAACACCAUUGGUUACCAGUGCUUUAUCCAGCAGGUGCCCAAGGCUGCUCGGCAGCCAGGUGUUCACCCAAGAACUCCAAAUAAAUAUAAGAAGUACAGUCGCCGCUCCUGGGACAUGCAGAUCAGACUGUGGCGACGGGCACUGCAUGGCUGGGACCCUCCUGGACUUGAGUUAGCAGGAACUGGACAGGGAAGUAUUUGCUAUAUGGUUAUCAUGGGGGGGAGGGGGAGAGAUUUCAUCCUUGGCGUCCAGGGCAACAAAUUCUGUUUGCUUGCAAGGCAGGAGCUGGUGGGUCCUCUGCCUGCUCUUUCAAAUGACUGGCUUGUUGCCCAAGGGACCCUGGAAAAACUUUGUAAAGAAGCCUUGCAUGGGCAGUUUGCUGGUUUGUCAUCUUCUGACCAUUCUUCUGCUUUGCUGCGUCAUGAUGAUAACUUUAUGGAAGAUACAGAAGAUCAUCCAUACUGCUUCUGGGUGUGAAUCAUAUCUUCUGGAAACCCAAAGCACCUGAUGCCCUAGAAGAGGCAGCAUCUUUAAAAUAAAAUAAGAAGUGGAGAGUGGGAACCUGAGCUUAUCUUCAAGCUUUUUUCCACUGUGGCCAACUCUUGCUUCUCUAGAUUGCUGCAAUAUUUUGUAAUACAUUAAUCUAUUUCCAUUCUUGAGUAAUUUGCUCUAUGCAGUUUUCACACAGAGAGCACUUGUUACUGCCUCUGCUUCACCCACUUACUUUGAAGAAGCCCUGUUUGUAUCAUUGACAUUUCUAUUGUUGAAGCAUGGGUGGAGGAUGUAAAGUCAGUAAAGUAUGUUCCAGAAGUGGAAUACUUGGUGACAGUACCUUGCAUUGGAGGGGAAAAGGGGGGAGAUGAUAACCAAAGAUGAAAAGUUUGAGCAUGAAUUACUUUAGAAGGUAAGCACCCAGGAUCAGCUUAUCAGUGAGUUCCUCAUUGGCCUGGCUUGUUUAGAUCUACUUGACACAAGAAGAGAAGAAGAAGAGUUUGGAUUUGAUAUC